AUGGCGCUCUUUGUGUUCCUGAUGUUUCUGCUACUACCUGAGACUGUGUCCAACAUUCCAGUUGCUACAUGUAAUAUCUGUUACCCUCUGCCAAUACGCCACCAGUAUUAUCAGCCAGGGGAUCUCAUCAUUGCUGGCAUUAUUUCUCAAGCCUACAUAUUUUCUGACCCUGUGACUUUCAAUCAACACCCGUCUCAUAAUCUUCUGGAUGAGAUUGGAUUUGUGACUCAGAUUUAUCAACAUAUCUUGGCCUUUGUAUUUGCCAUAAUGGAAAUCAAUGAAAACUCUCAGAUAUUACCCAAUAUUUCCCUGGGCUUCCACAUCUAUAAUAGCCAUUUUCUUCAAAGUGGUACUUUACUCGCUUCUCUGGAGCUUCUCUCCACAUGGAACAACUUUAUCCCAAACUACAAGUGUGAUAUUAAAGAUAAUAUUAUGGCAGUCAUUGGAGGACCAGAUUCAGAUGUGGGUUUGUUUAUGGCAACCAUUCUGAGCAUCUACAAGAUACCUCAGGCUGCUGUCUCCAAACUCCUGUUCAGGUCAAGAAUACAUUCCAUACAUUUCUACAGAGGAAUUACUGAGUCUGUCAUUUGUACCUCAAUAACUGUUUGGUUUGGUAUAGCAACUAAACAGAAGAGGUGGAUGUGGAUUGGAGUUAUUUUUAUAGAUGAUGACAAUGGGUUGAGAUUUGUACACACAAUACUGCCCAAGUUUUCCAAGAAGGGCAUCUGCUUUGAUUUUAUAAAAACUUUGCCUACACUGUAUUUUCCCUCUGAUGUUGGUGAGAUGGUGGAUGGAUGGAUCAAAACAUACAAGGUGAUUAGCAAUAGCACAGCCAAUGUUGUGCUCAUACAUGGAGAAAUUCACACUAUGAUCUUUUUGAGGAUGUUCCCUCAUGUUUCAGAAUUUGAGAACAUACCCAUCAAGACCAAGAGCAAAGUCUGGAUUAUGACAGCCCAGAUGGAAUUCACAUCAGUUCCCUUUCUCAAAAACCUUGAGGUUAAUGUUAUCCAUGGUGCUCUGUUGGUCGCCUUCCAUUCAGCUGAUGUGAUGGGAUUUCAAACAUUUCUUAAAAGAAGAAACCCAAAUGCAGAAAAUGGAGAUGGAUUCAUCAAGGACUUUUGGCAACAGGUCUUUAAUUGUCACUUCUGUUCUCCGAGAGGACCCAAGAUUGUCAGAGAUGUCUGCACUGGGGAGGAGAAGGUGGAGACACUACCUAGGUCAGUUUUUGAAACCACUAUGACUAGUCACAGCUACAGCCUCUACAAUGCAGUUUACACUUUGGCCCAUGCUUUGCAACCCAUGGAUUCAUCUCAGUUGAAUUCCAGAAUGACAGCAGAAAUAAAAAGAAGGAAUUCCAUCAGAAAAGAGCCAUGGCAGCUCCACCAUUAUUUAAGAAGCCUCUCAUUUAACAAUAGUCUUGAGGAAAGAAUUUCUUUUGAUGAAAACAGGGAACUGAAAGCUGGGUUUGAUAUUAUCAAUUGGGUGACAUUCCCAAAUCAGACCUUUCUUCGUGUCAAGGAACCACCCUCUUCCUUGUGUAAUGACUUUUGCCAUUUGGGUCACAGGCGGAUAAAAAAAGAAGGCAAUCCUUUUUGCUGUUAUGAUUGCUUUCCAUGCCCAGCUAGGAUGAUCUCAAGCCAGAUGGAUAUGGAUUCCUGCACUCCAUGUCCAGAAGAUCAUUAUCCAAACAAAGAGCAAGAUCACUGCAUUCCCAAAGAUAUCAGUUUUCUGAGAUAUGGAGAACCUUUAGGGAUCAGCCUGACCACUCUUUCUCUUUUCUUUUCUUGCACCAUGGGUCAAAUAUUUUGGAUCUUCCUUAAAUACAGACAAACUCCCAUCGUCAAAGCCAACAAUCGGAACCUCACCUAUACCCUGAUCAUUUCCCUCCUGCUCUCUUUUCUUUCCCCUUUGCUUUUUGUUGGUCAACCAGAACAGGUGAGGUGCCUGCUUCGCCAAACUACUUUUGGCAUUAUCUUUUCAGUGGCAAUUUCUUGCAUUUUGGCCAAAACUCUGAUUGUAGUUCUGGCUUUUAUGGCCACCAAACCAGGCUCUAGAAUCAGGAAAUGGGUGGGAAAACCACUGGCCCAGUCUAUCAUCUUCUCCUGUUCCCUUACUCAAAUCACCAUUUGUGCGGUGUGGCUGGCAACCUUUCCUCCAUUCCCUGAUGUUGAUAUGUACUCUCUGACUGAAGAAAUUGUCUUGGAAUGCAAUGAGGGUUCAACUAUCAUGUUCUGCUGCAUGCUGGGUUUUAUGGGCUUCCUGGCCAUGAUCAGCUUCACUAUGGCUUGCCUAGGAAGAAAGUUACCAGACAAUUUCAAUGAAGCCAAAUUCAUCACCUUCAGCAUGAUGGUCUUCUGCAGUGUUUGGCUCUCCUUUGUUCCAGCCUAUCUCAGCACCAAGGGGAAAUAUGUGGUAGCUGUGGAGGUCUUCUCCAUCUUGGCCUCUGGUGCUGGUUUACUAGGUUGUAUUUUCUCUCCCAAAUGCUACAUCAUCUUGAUCAGGCCUGAGCUGAAUGAUAGAAAGUACCUGAUGAGAAGGAAAAAAUGA